UCUAAACGUGUAAUUAAUACAACGAGCUGAAAGUACAUAUAAUAUACACAUUAUAUUGUUUAGUGUUUUGUAAUUUGUUAUUUGUUCCAAGUUUUAGAAGGUCAUAUAAUUCAUAUAUAUAUUUGUGCUAUAGAUGACCUAGAAUAUAAAUUAAUGAUAUACAAUGUCUACUGACGACAUAUCACUAAGAGUGGGGAUGGGAAGAUUGGAAAUAGAGCCAAGCAAACCAAUAAAGAAUAUAAAAGAAGAAAAUCCCUUCCUUAAUCCCUUGCAAAGACGGAUGUCAUCCAAAUCAUUUAAUCAAACAACAAAAUGUACCUGUGUAUGUCAAAGAAAAAAAAAUUCCUCAAUAUGUAAAAAAAAGCAUAAACUAUUAAAAGAACCUGUUCUAAGAUUAUCUCAAUCAUAUAAUAUACACAAUAAAAUAAAAAAUGAGUGCCAAUAUUUGUUCAAGAAUGAAGUCAUGUAUAGUCAUGUACCAAAAAAAUGUAAUUCUGAUAAUGUAAACUUACACACACUGGUUGACAAUUGCAAUCAACUAAGUAUAUCCUCUGAUAAAAGCCACACAGUGCUGAGGGUAAAUAACCUAAAUGACUGUGCCAAAUGGUGGAAAUGUGAAGCAUAUAGAGAUAGACAAUCAAGAGAAUCAAAUUCAGAAAGAAGUUCAUCUGGAUCCUGCUCUCAGGAAGCACUGAAUCCACCAUGCGAUGUCACAAUUGACGAACUAGCUAGCUACUUUGAAACACUAGUUCACAUACCAAAAAAGAUGUCCUCAAUGGCAGAAAUGAUGUAUAUUUAAUUUGAAGUAUAAUUAAGUGAAAAUAAUUCUGUGGUCCAUUUUUUGCUCUUUUAUAUUUUAAUUGGGCUUGUAAUUAAUAUUAAUAACCAGGGAUGCAUCUAUAUGCCUUUUUGCCGAUAUGAUACCGAUACUGAUACUCUUAGAAAAAUAUCAGCAAUACCGAUACACUUAUCGCAUUUAAAUAAAGGUAAUAUAAAUGUAUGUAAUGAUUAAUUGUUUUUAUUUAAAAAAAAAUAUUAAAAUAAAACAUAGACUAGACUUGGAAUGUGAAUAUUGGUAAUUAAGCUCAGUAAUUAAGGUUCAUUAAUAAGAGUUAGUAACUAAAAAAACAUUAAUCAAAUUUUUGUUUAAAAAACAAAGUAUUAUCUCGUUUGCAACGAAAAUGACAAAACAAGAGGCGUGUUUACAUUACUUUUUUAAAAUAUGUAAUUUGAACAGUAUUGUUGUAUCGGCCAGUAAAAUAUUGCCGAUAUGGAUAAAUCGGAAACCCUGCUGUAUUGUCGAUAUAUCGGUAUCGGAUGCAUCCCUAUUAAUAACCAUUCACUGUUAGGAUAUAUUUUUAUUAUUUGACCAAAAAUAACUGUAUUCAAUUUUAUAUGUUAUGUUUAAGUGUCUGUCACCGUGAAAAGUCUAUGUUGUGAAUUAAACAUUUUACAAAAUAAAAAUAACAACAACAAUUUUAAUGAUAAUCUUGGCUGUAGUACUAUGUCUUGUUCAGUGUGGGAUCUAGUUUCAUCAUUACUCUAAAGAUUACUCAUUACUUACUGUUUUACAAAUUGCUUGCUUUUAUGUAUCUUUGUUAAUGAUGGUUUAAGAGUGUGCCUAUUGCUACUAAAAUUUCAUAUUUAACCUCCUCUGUUCUUACUUUCUCCAAUCAUAGAUUACCUUAUUUCCAUGUUGAGUCUAUAUCUACAAUAUCUAAAAGUAUUAUUUCAAUAUAUUUUCUUGUUGCUUUAAUUUUACAAAUUAUUUCAAGGAUGUUUCUAUUACUUAGAUUAAGUACAAUGAUUAUUACUACAAAACGCACUUACACAUAACAAAAAACAAACAUUUGUUUGAAGUGCCUGUGACAUGUGACAGGAGAUGGAUUGGUUUGUCAAAACCUAUUUUAUGGAAUAAAUACUGUUUUAUAAUUUUUUAAUACUAUUAUGUAAUUGAUCAAAGUCCAUCCUUGAAAUUAUAUUUAAGUUAUGCUGCAUUACUUUGAACUGGAUUUACCCGUAAAAAAUUAGCUAUUCGAUUUAUUCCCUCUCUUGAGUCAUCAUGCAAAUGAUGUUUAAAGCAUUGUGUUUGCAAGAUCAAAAAGAUUAACAAUUAAAUAUUUCUCUUUUAAAAUAAUUAUUCAUGUAUAGUCUAAGAGUCUAGCCCUGUUAUCAUGUUUAAUACAUGUUUAUACAAAUUAGGUACUAAUUUUAAAUGAUAUUUAUACAACAAGUAUAAAAUUAUUAUUGUGAACAUAAACUGCCCAACUAUGCCAUGCAAUUCAUUCUCAAAUAUUACAAUUUUGACUAAAAGAAAACAAAUC